AUGAUAAGGGAGUAUUUCUCGCUAGGAGAGCCGUGGGUGCGAUGUCGCUUUAUUCAAUUUUAUUUUUUUGUUUUCCUGGUCACUAGGAUUUCUGCGGAUUGUCCUGGCGGAUCGACUCUAUCGGCUGAUGGUAAAUUGUGAGUUUUUCCAAGUCAAGCCGCAUCUAGUGCUUCAAGCAACAAUUUAUUCUGAAAUCCACGCUUUCCCAAUACUCAGAAAUCGUUUCCAGAUGCUACAAAGCCAUUCAAACGUCCGUAUCGUACCGUGAGGCCAAAACUUUAUGUGGCUUACUCUACGGAGGCCUGCCUUUGGUUCCAAACGCCUUCACUAACGCUUUUUUGGACGGUCUUUUGAAUCGUCAGUUUCAAUUUUUGUUUAAACUAAACAUAGGGUGUCAGGUAUUUCCUUUACUCGGAACAUCACGACAUUCAUAGGUUUUCAAAAAAUUCUCUAAAACUCAAAAAACCGACUAUUUUUCGUUGAGAAAAGGCUCAAAGGCUCAAUUUUAUCGCAAAGGAUCCAGGAAAAAGAUCUUGGAGGCUCUGAUUUUGAAAAUAAUCAUCAAAAUUUGUUAAAAACUUGAGAUCCAAACUAAAUUGCCUUCCUUCCAAACUCUAAAGAUUUCAGAAGAUGGCCUGUUCUUUUCCUGGCUACCGUACUCCUAUUCUAAUGGAGCCUAUCGAACCGACGACGGUUCAAUGCCGACUUUCACUAACUGGGCACCAGGUGAAUCAAAUUGAAGUGAUCUUUUAGUCGUCUUAUGAAUUUCCGUUGCUUUAUCAGUGGAAGUCUUAUCAGUAAUCGUUUGACGGGAAAAGGAUGAAAGUUCAAAAAAUCACGGGGUCUCCGGAAAAGCUUGGUUAUGGUCGUGAUGGCCUUUAGCAACUUCGAAUUAAAAACUUUCUCUUUUUUAUUAAUCUUUAUUCGAUCGAAAUAAAGCAGGAAAAAGUGCUUCAUUGUUUUCUUGACGAUCUUGUUUCCAUGUGACAGAAGUUUAAGAAGUUUUUUGGUAAAGACAUCAAAAUUUUCCGGAACGAACUUUUUCAAAACACUCUCAAUUUCCUGCUAGCCUGGGAAAAUUUUUAGUGGCCACUAUAGGGUUUCGACGUCUUAGUGGCCACUAUGGUAGUUAAAUUAGUGGCCACUUAAGGGGUUAAAAAUUGGUGGCCACUAUAAAGGUCUUAGUGCUACUACUGGACUACUUAGUGGCCACUUUAGGGGUCAAUGGAUCAACAUAACUGGUCCAAUCUGUUUGUUUUAAAAAUUAUCAGAUUUACUGGAAAGAGUACUGGAUGAGAAUUUACUGAAGUGGCCCCUAAAACGAAAAAUAGUGGCCAAUAUAGAGGUGGGUUUAGUGGUCACCAAAGUGUCUUCUCAAGUAGUCCUUGGCGAGCCUCUAUAGUGGCCGCUAAAAAAUUUUCCCAGACUCUCCACUAAAAAUGAACGAGAAACUUCAGAAUCUUUUUAUUUUUCUUUUUAAUCUUUUUGCUAGCCGUGUUAUUGCCCUCGAGUAUUAUCAAUAUUGAAGUAAUUAAAAUGUCUCUCCUUAUACGAUUUUUUUCCGUUCUUUCAAGAAGUAUUUUCGAACUGAAUUCUCAUAAAAAUCAUUCCAAAAAGUCUUAUCGAUGACAUUCAUCCAGGGGAACCACGACUCCAAAACGGCUACGCCGUCCAACUCCGCUCCAGUGACGGUCGUUGGACCACCACCACCGUCGACGCUCAAAACAGCGUGAUUUGCGCUUUUUCGCCAUCAUGCGCUGGAAAUCAAGGAGCCACGACACCUUUCCCGAGGAACAUGACGACUCCACGAAUGGGAUACACGACUCCCGGACCAACGCCGAGCACCAAUCCUUGUCUUGCAAAAUACAAAAGUGAGAGUUUGACUUGGUUACGACAGUGGCACUGAAAACUACUAGGCAAAGUCGGAAAGGGCGGGAAAUUCUCCACAGAAAUGUUCCUUUUUGCUGCCCUUUUGCACCAUUUUUGCUUCUUUUCCCAUUUUCCAAAAAGUCUUCGUUAGAUUUUUUUCGAUGUUUUUAUUCAAUUCGAUGGAAGACAUUUAUUACCUAGUGGAUGGAAGAUGCACUGAAAGAAAAGGAGAGAAAUGAAGAAAAAUAUAUGGUUUGAAACGUAUGUAGACGGGUUUCUAGACGGACUCAAUACCUGAAAUGACAUGUUAAAAAUGCCUUCAAAAACCCGAAAAAUGAAAAAGCUCCAUAAAGGAUCCUUUUUGCUGACUUUUUGAGUCUCUCCUUCAAACUUUCCCGAGUUGUCGAAUAGACCUUAACUUUCAAAAAAACUGAAAGAUUUCAGCCAUGGUGAACCCUUGCUUGGACGAAACAUGGGAGUUCUACCCACGAACUUGCUCCUGCUACAAGGUUACCGUAUCAAAAAGUCCAAAAUAGUAAAAAAGUUCUAGAUAGUGACGGCGACUUAUUUCGACGAAGCCCAGUCGACUUGCUACAAGUACAAUCCAACUGGCGGCCUGACUUCCAUUCACAGUGACGCCGAGGCGAUUUUCGUCAGCGGUGAGAAAAUUCGGGGGAAAAAGUAACGGUCAGUUCUACAGACUUGGCGAUAGCGGCCCAAGGCAAGGACGACUGGAUUGUUCGUGGCGACAUCCGUGACAACACCCUGAUCGGCCUUUUCCGACAAGCGCCCGACUACGUUUGGCGCAACGCCGACGCAACGCCCUACGACGGCUAUCCUGGAUGUCGCCCUACCACUUCUCCCAACGCCAACUAUGCGAUCGUCAGUUUUUCUCGGUUCACAGUAACCCCUUGGGCAAAGGCCGCUAAAAGAGAUAAGCUCAAAAAAGGCCGCAGAAAGGCAGCAAACCGGCGGCAAAAAGACUGCAGAAAGGCAGAAAAAAGGCAGCAAAAAGGCAGCAAACAGGCGACAAAAAGGCCGCAGAAAGGCACCAAAACGGGUCCCUUUAUCGAGCCUUCCAUUUUUCUAGGAUUUUAAAGAAUCAUGAAAUGGUGGAAAAAGGAGAGGUAGCAAAAAUUGUGCAUGAGAGCCGAUGAAAUGGCGCAAAAAGGCAGCAAAAAAUGGAGCCGUUGUCACCCUAAAAGGGACACUUCUCUGGAGCCUUUUUCCACCCUUUCCGACUUCGCCUGUGUUCAGAGAAGCCGUCAGAGGGUAAAAAGGAUGAGUUUUAAAGAGACAGAGACAUACAUGGAAUAUUCUCGAUUGGACCUUAAAAGGGGAAGGGAAUUUGGCAAAAAAGCGAAAAAAAGAGGAGGGGUUGGCAAAAAAACCGUAAAAAAAUUUUCAGGGUGUGCGCUGGACGGCGCUGGUCAAUCGAAAAUCAAAAAUUCCUUUUUAAAGUUCAAUUGACUGGCAGAAGCGAUUUUUCUCAGUUAAAAAGUGAUCGGAGGAAAAAACGCUCUACAAUUUCGGAUCCAGUACCAUCAGAUUAGUCUAGUUCGAGCUUUCAAUGUUAACUAGUGGGCAAUUGGAGAUAAUAUAGAAAUCCGUAGUAAAUCACUCAAAACUUCCAGAAAUAAUCAAAAAGGGCAAAAAAACUUCAAACAGUCAGUGUAUAAUUAUUCUCGCCUUUUACAUUGAUUUUUCUUUGAUCUGAUUUUAUCGAUUAAAAACUAACUGAAUCUCCAUUUUCAGUUGAUCACUGCCAAUGCGAUCGGCUACCGCGGCUUCGGCUCCACCAGCGACACUGAAGACUUCGAGUUCCGUAAUGCCGUCUGCAAAUAUCCGCUUCAAUAA